CUAUGACUACAAAUAAUGGCAGUAGGUAAACAAUUAUCAAAUCGUUUUUUUUUAUUUUACUUAUUCAAUAGAAAAAGUAUUUUAUUCAAUUUUAUCCAAAAUGUUCUGCGAGAAAAAAAAAUCGAAAAAAAAGAUAAAAGUUAAGUGUCAACCUCAGUUACACCCUAAAGACCAAUGGAUUCCAAUCGGAACAGGAAAUUAUUAUAAAGGAAAAUGGAAUCAUAGAACGAUGUCUGGAGAUGGAAUUUACGUUAUGCAAAAUGGAGCUGUUUAUGAGGGAAAUUUUGACGAUGGAUUGUUUCACGGAGAUGGAUCUAUGUACUAUCCAUCAGGAUCCCGAAUUGAAGGAGUUUGGGAAAAAGGAAAAUGCGUACAACAAAAUUACAUAUUCAGUGACGGUCUCCGAUUUCAGCAAAAUAAUUGGCAGUACUGUAAGGUGCCCGACAGAAGAUUUGCCAUUGAACAUGUUAAUGGUUUUGAAUCAGCCGCUCGGAGUAACAUUACCAAUCGACAGCCCACGAUCGCAGUGCCAAACGGAGCAUAUGACGCGGGUGAUGGAUUUUAUUGGCCGCUUACGAACACUGUACACGAUUACUGGACAAGUGAGUUAAUUAGGGUUCCAACGAUAGAAUGCAGUAAUUGGAUUAUUCAAAACUGUCAUCGAGGUGGCAAAAGAGUGGUAGGUUUUCAACCAGAAUUUUACAAAAAUUGGUAUAGUACAACAGGAGAAAAUGAAGGAGAAUCUACAGCUGCAGAUAACAAAUCUUCCAGGCAAUUCAUUCACGACCACCAAUCUGUUAUGGCCGAAAUUAAAUCAGUUCCUUGGUUCGAUUUAUCUUUACAAAGUAUUAUACAGUCGUCACAAGAACCAUUACUGUUGGAUCAAUUUUCAUCGUCAUCAUCAUCGUCCGAGGACAGUUUUCAACUAAGCCGUUGCCAAAGAACCUUGGAGUUGACUAAAAAAGUGGAUGAAAAUUUUAAUUAACAUAUUAAUAAUUGUAGAAUCAUUACAGACGAUGAUGCAUAAAAAUAGAAAUCAUACAUAAAAUAUUUAAGAUGAUUUGAAUAAUUGUCCAUGAUUUUACAACUCGAGACAUAAAAGUUUCAACAUUUGAAAUAUCGAUUAGUAUGAUUUAUUAAAACCGUGUUUUGAAUUU